AUGAAGGAUUCUCUGUACAAUCUGCUUCUGCGCCGGGAAUGUGGGAGUCAAUCGCUUCAGGCCAGCGUGCGUGGGAUUCAUGGCUGUAAACAAAUGCUUGAUGACCUCGACAUUGUCAAUGAGCUUGGCGGUCAUACAGGAUGUGUGAAUGCCCUUAGUUGGUCCCGCUCUGGUAAUCUCUUAGCCUCGGGUUCGGACGAUCAACACCUCAAUAUAUACUCUUAUCAAGCUGAUUCCUCAAAUUCUCCCUUCCAAUUGAACACGACCGUCCACACCGGUCAUGCCGCUAAUAUAUUCUCCGUCAAGUUCAUGCCACACUCCAAUGAUAGAACGUUAAUCACAUGUGGCGGUGAUUCACAGGUGCGUAUCUUUGAUAUCGAAUACUCCAGCGGUAACGCGGCCGCUGCUCCCUCGACCUCGACUCGGAGUGAACGAUUCAACAAAUUCUUCGAUGGAGUGCAAUAUCUAAAUGAAGAAAACACCAAUGCUAGGGUCUAUCGCAGUCAUUCAGAUCGUGUCAAACGAAUCGUGACCGAGUCGUCCCCAUAUCUCUUUUUAACAUGCUCCGAAGAUGGCGAGGUUCGACAAUGGGACUUGCGCCAACCAUCGUCUGCAUAUCCGGCCCCGAGAGGUGGUCAGGGCUUCAUGGCCCAUCGACCAGGUAUAAGACAUGAUUCUUCCAAUGUUCCCCCGGCGUUGAUCUCCUACAAACGCUACAACCUGGAUCUCAACACAAUCUCCUGCUCUCCUUCACAGCCACAUUACAUUGCGCUAGGUGGGGCCCACAUGCACUGUUUCCUCCAUGAUCGACGCAUGGCAGGUCGGGAUAUCUUUGCAGAGAGGGGCUCCCCGGACAAGUCCAUUCCUAGCGUGGGCAGUCACGCGGAUGAGCUUAUGAGCCAGGCAACCCGUUGCGUGCGACGAUUUGCUCCUCGCAAUAGUGAGAGGCAGGACAUGGACGAUGGACACAUCACAGCCUGCAAAAUCAGCGAUGCAAAUCCUAACGAAAUGGUGGUGAGUUGGUCGGGCGAUCAUAUCUACAGUUUCAAUCUCAUUCGGAGCCCAGAUGCUCGGGAACCUUCAGCGAAGUCAGCAUCCAAGGGCAAGGGCAGACGUAGCAAGAGCUCUUCACACAGCAACAGCGACGGCGACAGCCACAAGCGCAAGCGCAAGCGCCAAAGUCAAACAUCAAGCUCCUCUCAGGGCAGUAGCGAUCGUCAUUUGUCACGACGUUUUGAACUUGAAACCGAUGAUCUUUUGGAGAGCAAUGAAUCCUCAGACAAUUCAUCGGAAAAAUUACACGCCGUAGGCGAAACCGAGUCACUAAACUUCGAUAUUGCGCAAGGCUUGAUUAAAACUCGGCAGGCGUUGUUCUCACCGCAGGUAAAUGACGCAGAGCCGAGCGAGACAGAUGAUGCGGCUGAAUUGAACCCUUUUGCAUCUGCAGUAACAUUGGCAGCCAUUUGUCUGGCCCAGAUGGAUCAAAGCAUUCGGAAACUGAGCUCCCGACAAGAUUCAACCGCCGAAAUAUCUGAAUAUCAACAAUUGAUGCAUCGCCGUCGCCAAGAAUCGUGGAGAUUCGUUCAAGCCGCCGGCACUAUUGCACAGACUUUGGCGAGGUCAACAAACCACUCAUCCGACUCAGAGGAGAUGGACGAGUUUGCUAGGAUAUCUCCCCCACCCAGAGAAGACCCUCACAUCCGACGGGGUGCCCAGUUCGGCUAUGAUUUUAUCAAGGCUAUUCUUCUGUGGCUUCGGGGCGGUAGACAAGAGCUAUUGGCUGGGUUCAAAUGCGAUUCAGGCCAGUCGAACAGAUUCCCCAUCCCGGUUGACGCCCCAGAGGAUGCUAUCGAUAACAUUCUCAUUCCCUAUUUGCUUGACUUAGCAAAUGAAAUGCCUAUUCUCAAUGUCAACACCUCGCGAUUCGCGCAACAUGCUAUCCGGGUUGUGUUCGAUACUCAACGUGAGGCCGUGGUUGCUUUUGGAGAUGCUGUGAAAGUACCAGUAGUAGAAACUGCCGCUGAAAUAAUCACAACCCUAUCUACAGAUCCUACAGAUCGAGUAACAAUCCGGUUUUGGGUCAUGAAUGUAUGCCGGGGGAUUUUGAUGACGGCAGGUACCGGUGUCAACCAACCCUAUGUCAACGAAGCGUUCGGUGAUGGGCCGAUUAAUCUUGGAUCUAGUUCAUACGUCGGAUCCAUUUCACACUCCAAUGCCGGGGCACCCCGUCCCACAACUUCUGAAAUCCCGGGUAACAGGGACAGUGCAUCCCUUGAUGCUGAGUCUAGUUCAGACAGUGAAUCCAGCUCAGACUAUCAUUUCGGAGACCACUACUAUAUGGAUGACUUCGAAGCGGAAGACUCAAGUGAAAAUGACGACACGAGCGAUGAUGAGGACCCGGAGACUGGGAGUGGAUAUAGGCAAUAUCGCCCUUCUCUGCCAGUACGACUAAGCAUAUCGAGUGAUGCGCCAUGCAUGCCGCACUCACAAGUCUAUCGGGGACAUUGCAACGUCAAGACUGUGAAAGAUGUGAACUUUUUUGGGCUCAACGACGAAUAUGUCGUCAGUGGCAGUGAUUCAGGUCAUGUGUUUAUCUGGGAUCGCAAGACGGCCAAUCUAGUAAACAUCCUCAAGGGUGAUAGUGACGUUGUGAAUGUCAUUGAAGGACAUCCCAACGAGCCAAUGCUUGCUGUGUCGGGAAUUGAUAACACAAUCAAGAUAUUCUCUCCGGACCGCCGCGCCCAAGAUCAAGCCCGUCGCGGCCAAGAUAUCCUUGACCCAGACUGUCCAGCAAACAUGUUUGGCGUGACUAGCGAAAAUUUUGGGCUUGGAAGUCGCAAGUGUCUACAAGACAGUUACCGCAUCAUAACCCAGAACGACGUGGACCGUCACGGGGGUAUUGAUGAGGCUUACAUCACCGUAGGUUGA